CCAGACUGAGACGUGUUCGAUCGCUGGUUCGGUGGUUCGGUGAGCCGUGAGGCUGCUCAUCUACCCUCUCACGUGUUCACACCUCAAACUGUUGAACUGUGGGAGGGGGCGGGGUUGAGUGUCGGUACUGGACCGUGCAGGUGAGUGGAGCUCACAGGUGAGAGAUGGAGGACACUCGGCUCGUGGUGGAGGAGCUGCUGGCGUUGUGUCUGCAGAGGAUCGCUGUGGAGGAGAAGGCCAUGGACACUGAGCAGGAGAUGAUUGAAGUGGUGAAGAACUUUGAGACUGUCAGGAAGCGCUGGCUGCAUGCCGAGCUGGAGCUGAAGAAGUAUAAAGAGCUGCUGGUGAAGUCUGACGUGGCCAAAGCUGCUCUGGAGGUCAAACUGAAACACACUCGGAACCAGCUGGAUGUGGAAAUGAAGAAACGCUACAAGAUGGAGGGCGACUACCAGUACCUGCAGAGGCAGAUGCAGCUCAUGUGUGACAUCCUAGUCCACGACAGUAAAUCCAGCGCUUGUCUGAACGAUGAGCAGAAGUCUCUGAUGGCCACAUUUGAACCCAAAGGAACAAACUUGACUCUGCACAGGAGCAGCAAGCGGCUGUCUGUGAUCGAUGAGUCGUCCUUCCUCUCUGUCUGUCACUCUGACAUCAGCUACGACCGCACUGAUGAUGACGUGGAUCUGGACACAACCGUCAUCAAACCACUGAGAUCUCGAGUCAGAGAGAGGAGGCGUUCCUCAAUGGGUCCGGCUGCUGGUGGGAAGCGAGGACGAGGAGGCAAUGUUACUGCAGAGCUGCUGGAGAGAAACACUGUUGACAAGCAGGUGGAGACCACCGUGACGGCGUCACUGACCACACCUGACACUGGAGGUCACAUCCACAUGGUGCUGGGAAUCACACAGGAGAACCCCGAACACCCAACCAGGAACCCCAGCCAGGACCGAGGAGGAGAUGAGACCUCGGUUUGGUUCCCCUGCAAUGAGACACUGCCGGAGCUUGAAACAAAGACAGAGAAGAGAGCUGAGAAACAUGUUUUUAUUUCUAAAACGGUGAUCCGGCCCGAGACCUGCUCGCCGUGCGGGAAGAGGAUCCGCUUUGGGAAGAUGGCGGUAAAGUGCAGGAACUGCCGCGUAGUCGCUCAUCCAGAGUGCAAACAGAAGUUCACUGGAGGCUGCUCGACCAUCCCAACAGGAAGUUCGGCUCAACAGAACUCGUUGGAGGGUUUUGCUCCACUGGUCCAUCCCAGAGUGCCUCAGCUGGUCAUCGAGUGUGUAACGGAGAUCGAGAGGAGGGGCCUGGACGAGAGAGGUCUUUACAGGGUCCCUGGAGGGGAGCGUCUGGUGAAGGAACUCAGAGAACGGUUCCUUCAGGGUAAAACUGGGCUGAUGCUCAGUAAAGUCCAGGACGUCCACGUGGUUUGUGGUCUGCUCAAAGACUUCCUGAGGAACCUGAAGGAGCCGCUGGUCACCUUCAGACUGCACCGGACCUUCAUGGAGGCUUCAGUAUUUUUGUGUGUGUCAGAGCUGACUGAUGAAGACAACAGCACUGCUGUCAUGUAUCGGACCAUCUCAGACCUGCCGAUGGCCAACAGAGACACUCUGGCUUUCCUCAUGCUGCACCUGCACAGAGUGAUGAGGAGUCCUAAAUGUCAGAUGGACCAGAACAAUCUGGCCCGGGUUUUUGGACCGACUAUAGUAGGACACGGGACGUCUGAGCCAUCUCCAACCACCAUCAUGAGAGACACCAACACUCAGCCCAAGGUUGUCGGUUGUCUGUUGUCCAUCCCUGAAGCCUACUGGAGACAAGUCCUUGGCAUCCAGACCGACCAGACCUCAUCCAGUCAGACCUACAGCCAUGACGGAGGACACGGUCGGCUCUUCAAGCCGCUGACGUCUCCGGAGUUGAACAGCUACUAUGGAACUCCCAACAGUGGAUCUCUGAGGGGACGGAUCAGGAACCUCACCAACAGUGGUCUGGUACAUGGAAGGAGGUUCUUCACGUCACCCACCUGAUACACAGUGUACUACACAUUACUAUCACACAAGUACUACAUGUUUACUGUUGGUACAGGAAAGACAUUUCCAUGUUUGUACCAACAGGAAGUGAUGUCACACUGUGACUGUGUAAGAAAUUAAAAGCGGUUUCUUUAAAGAUGUGAUCUAUGAACUUCAGUCAGUGUUUAAAGUUUAAAACACGUGUUGACCGCAGAAAAUGAAUGUAGCUUUAAAAAUAUGAAUUAUAAUGAGAUGUGAUUGUUGUUUGACCUCUGACCUCUGUUCACAUGAUGUUAAACAGUUCAGCUGCUCUGAGCUGGUAGAAAAUGUUCUUUCAUGUUGUGUUUUUCUAAGAAAGAUUAAAUAAAACAUUAGACUGCA